CCCUGCUCACAAUUUCAGAUACUCAAACCUCCGAAGCCCAAUGGAAGACGACGGCAAGAUCGCAAGCGUCCACUCCACAGUGUUCAAAGAAUCAGAUAAUCUCCAAGGCAAAUGCUCCGAAAUCAACGGCUACGAUUUCAACCAAGGCCUCGACUACUCUCGUCUCUUCAAUUCCAUGCUCUCCACCGGCUUCCAAGCCACCAAUCUCGGCGAAGCCAUCCACGUCGUCAACCAAAUGCUAGACUGGAGGCUGGCCGAUGAGGACUGCGGCGAGGAGGAGAGGGAUGGCAAGUUCAGGGAGGCUGUCAAGUGCAAAGUGUUCUUGGGGUUCACUUCGAAUUUGGUUUCGUCUGGGCUGAGAGAUGUGUUUAGGUACUUGGUGGAGCACAAUGCGGUGGAUGUGGUGGUUACUACGGCUGGUGGCAUUGAGGAGGAUCUUAUCAAGUGCCUUGCGCCGACUUACAGAGGCGAUUUCGCCCUGGAGGGAAGUGUUUUGAGGUCGAAAGGGUUGAAUCGUAUUGGUAAUUUGCUGGUUCCUAAUGACAACUAUUGUAAGUUUGAGGAUUGGAUCAUACCGAUUUUCGAUCAGAUGUUGAAGGAGCAGAUUGAACAGAAGGUGCUGUGGACGCCAUCGAAACUGAUUGCACGCUUGGGGAAGGAGAUCAACGACGAAAGAUCGUAUCUUUACUGGGCAUACAAGAACAAUGUCCCUGUUUACUGUCCAUCCAUAACGGAUGGGUCACUGGGAGAUAUGCUAUACUUCCAUUCUUUCCGCAGCCCAGGUCUGGUUGUUGAUGUAGUGCAAGAUAUUAGGGCCAUGAAUGGCGAAGCUGUACAUGCCGGUCUCAGGAAGACUGGAAUGAUCAUCCUUGGAGGAGGCCUGCCCAAACAUCACAUAUGCAAUGCCAAUAUGAUGCGGAAUGGUGCAGAUUAUGCUGUGUUCAUUAAUACUGCACAAGAGUAUGAUGGUAGCGAUUCUGGAGCUCAUCCUGAUGAGGCUGUAUCAUGGGGGAAGAUACGGGGUUCUGCUAAAACUGUCAAGGUGCACUGUGAUGCAACGAUUGCUUUCCCCUUUCUGGUUGCCGAGACAUUUGCUAAGAAAGUUAUCAAGACUACGAGCUAAUACAGAUUUUGUCAUGAAGAUUCAUUUUAGAAUACACAGUUAUACUUGGUCAUGAUUAACCUCCAAACUUGCUGGUGAUUGCCGUUUUGAGGUUGUGCGGUUGGUAAGGCCUAAUGUAGGAUUAGGCAAUACUGUCUUAUUUGAAUGUUAGUGCGCACUUGUUUUGCUGCAUGUCCUUGGAAACUGAGAUGACAAACUGGCGGCAUCCGCUCUUAUUUGUAAACGAUUUGCCACUGCAUUGGAAAUUCCUAUAUGAAUGAGAAGCUCAUUUCUUAU